AUGCCAAGAAGAGCGAGAAAUAAUGCGGCAAUCACACGAUUGUACGGUCUUGCUAAGCGAGGAUCGCUCGAACAAAGGGUAAGUUUACAAUGAAAAUGACGACAAAACGACAGUAAACUGGGUUUUUUUAGAUACGCUUAUUGGAGGAGCUACUCAAACAUCCACAGUAUCAAUCCGCGAAAACUUUGUCUCGAAAAAUGUUUUCAGACAUUAUGGAGAAGUAAGUUUGUAACAGUCUAAAAUAAUAGUCAGAUUGAAAUAACCAUAUGUUUUUGCAGACUAUAAGAUAUGAAAUUUAUCAUAUUUUCUCGAACAAUAGGCUGACAGAAGAUUUGAGACGAAUUGCGGCAAAAAAUCAAGAUGUUGGAUACGAUACUUCCCGAUUUCUUGUUGGGAAGUAUAAUUCAAAUCCCAUAGCCGUUAUUGACUGUAUGUGCCGAAUGCAAAGAGCGAUGCGCAGAAGAACGGCUGAGAAGAGGACAAAGUACAAUUUCCAGGCCAUUGAAAAAGUGAGUGAGAGAAUGAAAAAACAAAAGUAUAACUUAUUUUGUAGGAGCUGAGAGAUAUCACCGAACAUGAUGACAUCAAAGUAUCGAGAUUGUCAUUCAUGAAAGUUCAAGAACGAAACGAGUAUUUCAUACGAAAGCCACGGAAUGAUCAUAUGGAAGUGAUAUUUAUGGCGUAAGUUUUUUUGUUGAAAAAAUUAAAUACAUUUUGUUGAUAUAAAUUUUUUGCAGAUAUCUCAAGACGAUCAACUUGUAUCUUUUUACGGCGAAUGAUUUGUUGACACAUCGUGAAGAUUUCCUCAAAAAUCUUGGAGUCUCCGCAAAUAAUCGAUGA